ACAGCACGGUCCGAGUUGAGAGCCGAACCAUAUAAACAUGGCGGACCCCUCGCGCACAGAAGAGUCUGAAAUAUUUACUGUUAAAGAAAUGGAAGAACGUGUCAGUAAUGAGAAUGGUGGUGAAUGUAACAAGGAAGAAGACGUGACUAACACUCAAACAGAGGACCCUUUCAAAAAACCUGCUCUCUUUGCGGCGCCUUCGCUCGUGAGUAAACGAGGUCUUGUCGCGAGCAGAGCAGCAAGAAAGCCUACACAUGAAGAAAAUGGCGACAAAGAACUACAACCAUCUACUUCUGAAAGUAGUGAGGCAUCUGCAGAUGAGCAAACCACCCCUUCCACGUCGGAUAAUGACAACACAACGUCACGGAAAGGUGUAGAGAGCGAAAAUUAUUCCGAAAAAGACCAGACUAGUGACGUCCAACCCUCACCAAGAUUUCCUGUCAAAGGAACACCUAUUGGCAAAUUUAAACCCCACCCUCCUGUUCCAUAUGCCGAACCUCCUUGGGCAGGAGUGGCAGAUGUCCCAUAUUCCCUAGAAAUCCUCAAGAAUGGCACUAUAGUUGAUACGGUCCCACUCACCCAGCAGAGUUAUUUUGUGGUCGGACGUUUACCUGUGUGUGACGUAUCCCUGGACCACCCCUCAAUCUCCAGGUAUCACGCUGUCAUUCAAUACCGUGGGCUGGCAGGAGAGGAGGAGGCAGUUGGAGAGGCAAGAGGGUUCUAUGUCCAUGACCUGGGCAGCACACAUGGUACCUUCGUCAACAAGAACAAGAUACCACCGAAUACCUACAUCAGAGUACGGGUUGGGCACGUACUCAAAUUCGGGGGAAGCACUAGACUUUUCAUCAUGCAGGGUCCAGAGUUUGACGAAGAGGCGGAGUCAGACCUGACUGUCACAGAGCUGUGGGAGCGAGCCAGGAAGCAGCGGGAGGACCUGGAGAGGAGGAUGAUGGGAGAAGGCUCGGAUGAGGAGGAAAAGGAAGAGGGGAAAGAAAGCGGUGGCAUCCAGGGAAAGAGUUUAAACAAUGAUUCGGGCUGUUCAUGGGGAAUAGCUGAUGAGGCAGCCCCUGAAGAGGAUGAGAACGAGGAGAACCCCUUCUCCACAGAGUUCCAGGAGGACCAAGAGGCUGCUUACCUGAAGGACCCUAAGAAAGCACUGCAGGGCUUCUUUGACAGAGAAGGGGAAGAGCUUGAGUUUGAGUAUGAAGACAAAAGCCACGGUACCUGGCUCUGCAGAGUAAAGCUCCCAGUGGAUGACGCUUCGGGGAAGCAGCUGGUCGCUGAGGUGACCCACACAGGGAAGAAGAAAGAUGCGGCCAUCCAGUCUUCCCUGGAGGCGUGUCGAAUCCUGGAGGCCCGGGGCCUGCUCAGGCAGGAGGCAGUUUCCCGCAAGCGCAAGAAGAAGAACUGGGAGGACGAGGAUUUCUAUGACAGUGACGAUGAUAACUUUCUGGACCGUACCGGUGCUGUGGAGAAGAAGAGACAGGAGCGCAUGAAGAAGGCGGGAAAGAUUCAGGAGCGCCCGGACACUUACGAGUCACUGGUGGCCAAACUGUUGGUGGUUGAGAAGGCGCUGGCAGAGACCGAGAAGAAGCUCAGUGCUACAGGGAGAGACGGCUCUCACUCAUCCUCCGAGGACCCCCUGGAUGCCUUCAUGGUCGCCGUGCGCAGCGAGGCGGCGCUGGACGGAGUGGAGCGCCGUAAGCUGCACGUGCACACCGCCGACCUGCGUAAGGAGGCCCAGAGACUGCGCCGGCUGGUGGAGCUCACGCGGCCAGCCCAGAUGCCUUCACUGCAGACAGGGUCUAUGAGUGGGUUGUCCGACGUAGACAAGCCUAAGAAGCGGUCCCUACCGCUGUUUGGUGCCAUGAAGGGAGGCGCCAAGUUCAAACUGAAGACUGGGACCAUAGGGAAGUUGCCCCCAAAGCGAGCCAAUCUGCCCGCAGAACUCUUCAACAUGAAAGGAGAGGAAAAGGAGGAAGAAGAGGAGGAGGAGGAGGAUGACAACAAAGGGAGUGAAGACUUGACUGAGGCUGACAUCCAGGCUGAGGAACCCCAACAGUCCAAUGAAAGCACUGAUUCCACAGAGGGCUGCAGUACAGGAUGCCAGAGGCAGGACCCACCUCUGUCCCAACCCCCCAGAGGGAAAAAGCUGUCCCAGAGAAGUAUAGAUGUAGAGGAGCCUGAGGAAACCAUGGAAGAUGCGCCUCUCGGCCGUUUAAAGCCCUUACCAGACCCUAAAGAAGGGGGCAAGGAGGUGGCAGCUGCCAAGCCCAGUCCGAGGACGUUCUUGAAAAAAAGAACCACCGGCCCCAACAGACCUCCAGCCGCCCAAUCAGGACAGUACCCUGAGGAUGACCCAGACUAUUGUGUCUGGGUGCCCCCCACAGGUCAGUCUGGGGAUGGCCGCACCCACCUCAAUGAAAAGUAUGGCUACUGAACACACUGCUCAAACUUUUUGACCCUUUUUUUCCCCUCGACUCCACCCACCUGCGGACUUAGCAGCAACACACACACACAGGCCUCCAUCCACUCGGUAUCUAUUUGUGUUCUAUGACACUCCUGCGUAAGGGAUAUUGCAUGCAACAUACACUACCAUUCAAAAGUUUAAGGUCACUUAGAAAUGCCCUUGUUUUUGAAAGAAAAUCACUUUUUUUGUCCAUUUAAAAUAACAUCAAAUUGAUCAAAAAUAGUGUGGACAUUGUUAAUGUUGUAAAUGACUAUUGUAGAUGGAAAUGACUGACUUUUAAUGGAAUAUCUACAGAGGCCCAUUAUCAGCAACCAUCACUCCUGUGUUCCAAUGGCACAUUGUGUUAGCUAAUCCAAGUUUAUAAUUUUAAAAGGCUAAGUGAUCAUUAAAAAUCCCUUUUGCAAUUAUGUUAUCACAGCUGAAAACUGUUCUGUUUAAAGAAGCAAUAAAACUGGCCUUUAGACUAGUUGAGUAUCUAGAGCGUCAGCAUUUGUGGGUUUGAUUACAGGUUCAAAAUGAACAGAAACAAAGACUUUCUUCUGAAACUUGUCAGUCUAUUCUUGUUCUGAGAAAUGUAGGCUAUUCCAUGUGAGAAAUUGCCAAGAAACUGAUCUCGUACAGCGCUGUGUACUAUUCCCUUCACAGAACAGUGCAAACUGGCUUUAACCAGAAUAGAAAGAGUGUGAGGCCCCGGUGCACAACUGAGCAAGAGGACAAGCGCAUUAGUGUUUAGUUUGAGAAACAGAUGCUUUCGAAGUCCUCAACUGGCAGCUACAUUAAAUAGUACCCACAAAACACCAGUCUCAACCACAACAGUGAAGAGGCGACUCCGGGAUGCUGGCUUUCUCGGCACAGAAGGGAUGGUUGCUGAUAAUGGGCCUAUGUAUGCCUAUGUACAGUUGAAGUCGGAAGUUUACAUACACCUUAGCCAAAUGCAUUUAAUCUCAGUUUUUCACAAUUCCUGACAUUUAAUCCUAGUGAAAAUUCCCUGUCUUAGGUCAGUUAGGAUCACCACUUUAUUUUAAGAAUGUGAAAUGUCAGAAUAAUAGUUAGGUAACACAAUGUGCCAUUGGAACACAGUAGUGAUGGUUGCUCAUAAUGGGCCUCUGUACGCCUAUGUAGAUAUUCCAUUAAAAAUCAGCUUUUUCCAGCUACAAUAGUAAUUCACAACAUGAACCAUGUCUAUACUGUAUUUCUGAUCAAUUUGAUGUUAUUUUAAUGGACAGAAAGUGCUUUUCUUUCAAAACCAAGGACAUUUCUAAGUGACCCCAAACUUUUGAACGGUAGUGUACCUUUACCAAAUUUGAAUUCACUUCUGAAAAAAUGGCAACAAUGUGGAGGCUGGAAAGUGUACAGUGUUGCCCUCUGUGAAAAUGACUAAAUUUGAUGGUUGGUAGCUGGUUUGCAGUUGCCUUAUGGUAACCAUUGCCUUCUUUCUCUAAGAUGAUCAUGUCAUUGAGACAACUUGGUGAAUGUUUUUGCAUUACAUAUCCUUGGACAGGGUGAAAAAGGACCAGUCCCAUUAGUUAAGAUAUCAGUCCUCACAUACUGGUUAGUAGGCUAGCCAGCAGAUCCGAGCCACUUGCUUUUACAGCUGCACCAGGGUCGGAAAGCAUUCCUGUGUGUAUUAAGACACCGCUGAGCCGGUGCAAGAUAUGACUCGGAAAAUGAACCUCAAUCCAGGGAUGAGAAAUGUUGGAAUAAUGAAACAAUUCAGAGUAUAAUGCAUUUCACAUCCCUGGAUUGAGGUUCGUUUUCUGAGGCAUAUAUUGUACAGACUCAGCUGUGUCUUAAUAAAAACAGGAAUUAUGCCUGACCUUAGUGUAGCUGUAAGGAAGCGGGUUGGAUCUGCUGGCUAGUUACCGUAGUAGGCCUGCCUGAAAGCACUUGACUCACCCCAUUGUAUGUAAUAGAGAGAGGCUGCACUUAAACUGAGUCCAAUUUGAAUUGGCCCUAUCCUAUGUCAGAUGAGUGUACAGCAUAUAGUGAAGGAUUUAGCUAUAGUGCCCACAUUCACUCAUCCGAGGUCUGCUUUGUUACUUUGGCUGCUUUCUCGCAGCUAAGCCCACCUGACGUCCGAACAGUAUGGGUUCGCUGCUGGGUUUCACUGUCGAUUGCUGGCGUAACCCUCUUUCAAAGGAGAGUGAGAGUGGCGGAGAGUGAGGGAGCGCAUAUAAGCAGCUUGCAGACCAUCUGGGCACUUGUGUGGCAUUACUGGAUAAAACGCAAGCUGAUAAUGAGUCAAGUCAAAAGUAGUGUGUGUGUCCUCCCUCUCCAAAGUGUCUUUUUAACCAGAUCUUCAUUACUAGUGACUCAGCGUUUAGGAGGCUGGUGUGUGUGAAGUAGUCAUUUGUGUUUGUGGCAAGCUACCUAGAGCAGGAUUACACUGCCUCAAAUCCCACACGGCAUUUUAUUAUUGUGUUCAUUUUCUCCCUCCACCUCACUACUAUUAUUCCUUCCAGCUGAGACUCUUAAACCUGGAAGGUUAAAAGUAAAACCCUUCCAGAAGUUGUGUAUUUUGUUACUUUUUAUUUGUACAAUAAAGUUGUCCACAAGGUA